AUGCUCUCUUCAAUCGAAACCCACGCCGAAUUGACGAUCCGUCACCUCUUCGGCUUCAUCACCGCCCAAGGCCACACAGACUACAUAGGCGAAGCGGUGUCGCAGCUCGAGCACUCCCUGCAGUGCGCCCAACUGGCCGUCGAGGCCGGUGCUGACGACGACACGGUCCUCGGCUCCCUGCUCCACGACGUCGGCCGCUUCAUCCCCGCCGCCGACAGGAUGCCCGCCAUGAUCGCCCCCAACGGCACCUACGUCGGCCGCGAGUCCCACGAGGCCCUGGGCGAGAAGUACCUCCGCUCGCUCGGCUUCAGCGACAAGAUCUGCCAGUUGGUCGGCGCCCACGUCAUGGCGAAGCGGUACUUGACUGCCGUGGACAAAGACUACUACGACGGCUUGAGCCAGUCGAGCAAGACGACGUUGAAGUUUCAGGGUGGGACGUUUACCGAGGACCAAGUCCGCGAAGCAGAGAAAGAUCCUCUUCUCAUGGCCAAACUCGCCGUUCGGAGAUGGGAUGACAUGGCCAAGAUUCCUAACCAAGAGACUCUCCCACUAGAGUACUAUGGAAAAAUGGCCACCAAAAGCUUAAUCGAGUCACGAUCUGCAUUUGAACUCCACGGCCGAACAUAUAAACUCCCUACGCGACCAUCGGUGGCAAUCUGCAUCGAUGGGUUCGACCCCGAGUAUCUGUCACAGGGCAUCUCCGAUGGUAUCCUCCCCAACAUGGCAGAGAUGGUCAAGUCUGGAUUCUCGACAGUCGCAAACUGCACCAUGCCAUCCUUCACCAACCCGAAUAACGUCUCCAUCAUCACAGGUGCACCAACCUCCAAGCACGGUAUUGCCGGUAACUUCUUCCUGGACCAAGUCACUCGUGAAGAACACAUGGUUCUAGACGACUCUCUACUCCGCGGAUCGACGAUCCUCGAGCAAAUGUCAAACCGAGGUGUGCGGGUAGCGGCUGUCACGGCCAAAGACAAGCUCAGAGCAAUUAUCAACCACGGUCUCGACUUCAAAGACGCGGGCGCUGUCUGCUUCUCGGCACAGUACGCCGACAAAUGCACCCAAGAAGCCAACGGCGUCGAGGACGUUGAGCAAUGGCUUGGCCGGCCCACGCCAACUCAGUAUUCUGGUGACUUGUCACUUUUCGUGCUCGAAGCCGGAAUUAAGCUUCUCGAGGAGGACAAGGCCGAUCUGUUCUACCUGACAUUGUCGGAUUACGUACAACACAAGUACGCUCCUGGCACCAAAGAAGCGAACGAGUUCAUGGCCGGAAUUGAUCGAUGCAUCGGGAGACUCAUUGAACUCGGUGCAGUCGUUGCAGUAACCGGCGACCACGGAAUGAGCGACAAGUGCAACGAAGAUGGCACUCCCAAUGUCUUGUUCUUGGAAACGGAAUUGAACAACAAGUUCGGCAAGGACUUUGCCAGGGUCAUUUGUCCCAUCACUGACCCGUUCGUGAAACAUCACGGCGCGCUCGGGUCCUUCGUGCGCGUGCAUUUGAAUCCGAAUGCCACCGCUCCGAUUGAAGAGGUGCUCGAGUUCACGAGGACCUUCUCACAAGUUAUGCUUGCUCUCGACGGCAAGGCGGCGGCCGAUCAAUUUGAGAUGCCGCUGGACCGCGAAGGCGACUUUGUCGUCGUCUCAGUGAAAAAUGCCGUGAUAGGCAGCCGGCAGGAGGAGCACGACUUUGCGAAUCUGAAAGGCCACCGACUCCGAUCGCACGGCGGUCUUUCCGAACAACAAAUUCCUUUGCUGAGGUCUCUACCAACCAAGAACCAAUCUGGUGAUCGACAGUGGCACAACUACGAUAUUUUCGACAUUCUCCUAAACUACUGA